ACAGAAGGCAUAAAGGCAGACAAUAUAGUCAGUGGAAGCCUUCGGAAAAAAGCAAGGAGGACAUUUUUAUGCUGCUUCAUAAAAGAAAAAGGAAAAAGAAAAAAGAAAGACCAGAAUUUCCAUGAGGUUUCAACGCUGACGUGACAGCCACGCAGGGAAGGAAUCAAAAGUGAGAAGUGAGUCACAAUCCUGCGAUUUUUAUAUACUGCGUGAUUGCAUGACCAACACUGCAUGACUCUGGACCACGUCUGAAAUCUGAGCCAAAGGGUGCUCUAGAGGUUUUUCUUCCACGUACAAAAUGUCAUUUGCAAUGGUGCGUCCAGCCCCAAACCGCUACCUAUAUUCUGACAUCUCAAUGAUGUCCGAGGACGACGAAAACGGCAGCGAGAGCUCUGGUUCGGAUGACCGCUCCUUCCGAAUGGACGCCUCUGGCUACGAGCUCAAGGUGGCUGGCAGGAAACGAAAACCAGGCAGUGGAGGAGGGCAGAUCGGCGGCAUGAUCCCGAGCAUCUUAAGCGGUCCACCAGGGGAGAAACCGCAACGUAAUGCGGCCAACGCAAGGGAACGAGACCGCACCAACAGCGUGAACACGGCCUUUACAGCGCUCAGGACUCUAAUCCCCACCGAGCCGGCAGACAGGAAGCUGUCUAAGAUCGAGACUCUCCGCCUUGCUUCCAGCUACAUCUCGCAUCUUGGGAAUGUCCUGUUGGUAGGCGAGGCCUGUGGUGAUGGUCAGCCGUGCCACAGCGGUGGCCCUUCGGCGCCUUACUACCACCAUCAUGGAUCACCUACACGCGAUUCGGAGAAUUCGCAGCCCAAACAGAUCUGCACUUUCUGCCUCAGCAACCAGAGAAAAAUGAGCAAAGACAGAGAAAGAAAAACAGCGCUGAGGAAUUAAUUCCCGAGACGACUGAACAGUUGGACUCGAAGAUUUGAGGACAAUCACAAACUUUGGACUCGACUUGUGUAUAUAUACAUGCAAAUAAAAAAACAUAUUUAAUUGAUUUUAUGUUAAACUACACUCUGACCCUUAUGCUUGGUCUGGAAAGCGAUCAUGGUGACGACCGAACCUCUCAGACUGCGGUGUGUGAGAAACAAUUGCACCGCGGCCUUAAAGGUAGCACAGAUUUCUCACUACCACUUAAUAGGGACCCCCACAUUUUCCAGUUUCAGCACAGAGCGGAUGCAACAGUAUUCACCAAAAUGGAAAUCUGGACAACAAAACCCCCCCACCACAAAUUCGAAGAUGAGCUGGUGAACAUCCGGAAAGAGGAGCAGUGCUGCGGUUUAAACUGGAACUGUACCAUCGUGACAUAGUGACGAAAAGCGAGAAAUGAAGAACAGAUAUAAAGUUGAAGGAAGACACUGUGAGCGCCUUCAAUUUAUUUGUUCGGGUGGACAGAUGACGAGACGCGUGUCCUUUACCAAACUUCUCUGAAAUGUGUCUUGCACGUUUACUAAAAUGUGCAUUUGGUUAAAUUAUAAUAAGCCAAAAACAAUUUCAGAAAUUUGAACGGAAUAUAAAUGUAUGUUAAACGUUGCAAAAUUCAUAUACUCACUGUUCAUUCAAUUAAAAAAAAAAAAACUUUU